GGCUUGACACGCAUAAUGCAAGUGUCUUCACUUCCGGACUUUCAGCCAAUCAGCGCUACAGAGCUGGCUGCAUGGGCUAAACCAUUUUGCAUGGCACAAACUCUGAGCAGGGUGCUGAGCGAGUUGUUGGGGUGUAAGGAGUUCCAUAACCAGGGGGAUCCCGGUACCAGUGUUCUGCCCGGCCAUGUUAGCUCAACGGUUUCUUCCGUGCUGCUUGUCGGCCCCCCCGGCUGUGGGAAGAGCGGGCUCCUGUUUAGCGCCGCCCUUGUGGCCGCGGAGGAGGGUGCGGGGCCGGUAAUAUUUAUAUCCCGGGAGUCCCUGCAGCGGCUGCCCGGGGGUGGGAGGGAAGCCAGAGAGCCGCUCCUACUCAAGCGAAUCCGGUUUCUGUAUCCUUCUUCUCUCAGGGAGCUUCUGCACCUUGUCUCGUCCAUGCACCUCUCCUUCCCAGCUCCUUCUCUAAUUGUGGUGGAUGGACUGGAACGCUACCUCGCUCCGACCUGUGGCUCUGCUGAUGGGGCUCUUAUUUCAGGCCUUUUGCUAGACUCUGCUGCACACUUUAAGUGCGGCCUCCUGAUAUCUGCAGCACAACCUCUGGAGAUGGGUGGAGAUGGAGCAUUCCUGGCCGUGGAGCGAUAUUUUCCAGCCCAGUGCCAUAUCUAUGGCGAGGUGACAACUGAGCAGGAAGAGGGCACCUUUCACAUAAGCUUCCCUUCCCAUUUCCCACCUUGUGUCCUGCACACAGCAAAGGAUGGUACUCUGAAAAUAUCACUUCCGAAAGCUUCAUUUUCGUGACGGGAUCGAAUGUGAAAACUUACCACCUCAUACUAAAAUGUGUGUAGAUCAGGGGUGCCAAGACUUUUUUCCGCGGCGAUCGACUUUUGACUCCUCCCCGCGUACAUACACAUACCCAAUAAACACGCGGAACCGCCGCACUUCCGCAUUUCCCGGCUUCGACGCGGUCCACCAGAAAUCCACAGGGGAUCGACUGGUGGACCGCGAUCAACAUUUUGGCCACACCUGGUGUAGAUGAUAAAUUCUUUCAUGUUUCAUGUAUAGUGUUGAUGCUUUUGCAACUUUUCAGAAAACAUUGUUUAAUGUAAAUAUUGUCAAAAAAUAAAAAAAUUUAACAACUUGA